GCUCCAUUUGCACCCGAAACUCACCGAUCUGCCCGCCGGGAAGUGUUCCGGGAAUUUCCGGCUGCCAGCCCACUUACCUUCCGUGCCUAACUCGACCCUCACCUUUCACCCCCAUCUCGAAUGGAGACACGGCGAAGGGUGGUGGCCAAGCGGCCGGAACCCAAGGGCGCCGCCGCCAACCAGGCGGCUGGGAGGGCGAAGACUCGUCUGGCGUUGGCGUCUGACGCCCUCCCCCUUCCCGCCAAUGUCACCAACAAGUUCUUCCUGGUCCUCUUCUUCCUUUCGUCCUACUACCUGAUGCGCAGGUGGCGCGAGAAGAUCCGGACCAACACCCUCCUCCAUCUCCUCACCUUCUGGGAGAUCGUCGCCAUUCUUUCCUUCCUUUCUUCCUUCAUCUACCUCUUUGGCUUCUUCGGCAUAAUCUAUGUCCAGCCCUUCGUCUCUCGGUCCUCAGAAGAGUGGGACGAUCUAGAGCCCGAGCCCCAUCGGCAGGCCUCCCCCCCAUGUGCCGUACAGGCUCCGUUGCGCGCUCAGCCCGCCGACCUUGCCGGGGACCCCGAGGAGGAGGUCAUCAUGGGGGUCGUUAAUGGCACCGUGCCGUCCCAUACGCUGGAGUCGAGGUUAGGCGAUUGCCAGCGGGCUGCGGGCGUGAGGCGUAAGGCACUGGAGAUCGUCUCCGGGAGGUCGGUUGACGGGUUGCCGCUGGAUGGAUUUGAUUACGGCUCGAUCUUGGGGCAAUGCUGCGAGUUGCCCAUCGGGUAUGUGCAGAUUCCAGUGGGGAUUGCGGGGCCUUUGCUGAUGAAGGGGAAGGGGGAGGUGUAUGUGCCGAUGGCGACCACGGAGGGAUGCUUGGUCGCGAGCACCAACAGGGGGUGUAAGGCGAUUUAUGCUUCCGGUGGGGUGGACUCCGUCUGCGUGAGAGAUGGGAUGAGCAGGGCACCGGCGGUGAGGUUGGCAUCUGCGAGAAGAGCUGCUGAGCUCAAGUUCUUCCUUGAAGACCCAAUGAACUUUGAGACCGUGUCCAUGGUUUUCAAUAGGACGAGCAGAUUUGCUAGGCUGCAGAGUAUAAAGUGCGCGUUAGCGGGAAGGAUCCUUUACAUGAGAUUCGUUUGCGCCACAGGGGAUGCCAUGGGCAUGAACAUGGUCUCCAAGGGAGUGCAGAACGUGCUGGACUUUCUUCGCAAUGAUUUCCCGGACAUGGAUAUCAUCAGCCUUUCAGGAAAUUACUGUUCAGAUAAGAAGCCUGCUGCCGUUAACUGGAUUGAAGGACGUGGGAAGUCGGUGGUAUGUGAUGCCAUAAUAAAAGAAGAGGUGGUGAGGUCGGUGCUGAAAACGUCGGUCUCUGCAUUGGUGGAUCUAAACAACAGAAAGAACUUAGUUGGGUCAGCAGUGGCAGGGUCACUAGGCGGGUUUAACGCUCACGCGAGUAACAUAGUGUCCGCCAUUUUCAUUGCCACAGGUCAGGACCCUGCCCAGAAUGUUGAGAGCUCCCAGUGUAUCACCAUGAUGGAGUUUGCAGACAAUGGCAAGGACCUUUACAUCUCUGUUUCCAUGCCUUGCAUCGAGGUGGGCACAGUUGGUGGUGGCACACAGCUAGCUUCUCAAUCUGCGUGCCUGAACCUGCUGGGUGCGAAGGGUUCUAACAUGGAAACGCCGGGGACGAACGCCACGAAGCUGGCCCUCGUAGUCGCCGGUGCAGUUCUAGCAGGGGAACUGUCCCUCAUGUCUGCGCUUGCAGCCGGGCAGCUGGUCAAGAGCCAUAUGAAGUACAACAGGUCGAGCAAGGACAUCUGUGCAUCGGCUGCCUCAUGUACUUAAAUAAUCACCAGAUGGAGGAGGGAAGGGGGUUUGAAACCACCAACUCUCUUCUAGACUGAAAGCAGGAAAAAAAAAAAAAAGGGAAAAAGAGAGGAGAACACGGUAAGAGUGAAGGCUAGCAGAUGGGGGUUUCGUAACAUGAUCCUUUCAAUUGGCAAAACCAACCGUGGCUCCUAGCUCUGCCUUUUCUGUCUGCGUUGUGAAGUCUCCUCGCCUUUCUUGUUUUUUCUUUCAUUUAUCGCCUUGUUCUCUUUUCUUCCCCUUCCCAAUCAAAUGUUUAAUGUGACCAUGUGGUGGUGGUGGUAAACCGUCAACUGAAGAAACAUAGACGGGUUCUCCCUGUCGUUUAUGUUGAGUUGUGUUUGUUGGUAACAGGGACUGGACCAGGGCUCUCUUUCUCUCACUCUCUGGCUUCUUUUCUCUUGUUGGGUAGUGGUGACAGCGUUUGGGGGUGGGAUCGGUGUUAUGACGCUACAGGUUUGUAGCUAUGUGUUUAUUGUAGCUGUUAUCAUUGUAUAUUGCCAACCUUUCGUUGCUUAAAUUAGUGAAUCUUUUUAGUC